AUGAGUGUCCGUGAUGGAUUGUGGUUGGGUUUGUGUCUGGUGGUCCUCUUUGGACUCUCCACUCUGACAACACUCUCGACUUUGCUAGAAGAUGAAGUCGUAGAAGCACCGCAUCGAUGGUUGUCCUCAAGUCGAGUGGACAACAGCACACUUGAUAGAACUAGUAGAACAAGAAGUCUGACAGAAGAUGUUGUCGAAGUGAAUGGCUGUGAGGAAUUCUUGUCCUUUUCCGAUUUGGAUCAUGACCAAAGUCUCUCAGAAUCAGAGUUUGUGAUUCUGGUCAACCUCUUGACGUCUCAGUAUCACGCAGAUGCAUUCGAACAGUUGCCAUUGACAGCACAGCAGCUCUACUACCAAAAGACUUACACUGACAAUAGUCAUCAAUGGGGGUUUCAACAGGAACAGGAUGAGCAACAACAGCAAGUUUGCUCCCAAAUCCAGAAGGCCAUGGCAUCGGCAGUUACUAGUGCUAGUAGUAGUGAUUGCAACGCACACGCGUGGGAUGUCAAUGGCGAUGGAGGCCUCGACAGUGACGAAUUCUGUCAGUUUGUACUCCAAUGGACGACCAAGACUCCUCCAUCUCCAUCUGACGAUGCGUCCUUUCUAGAGCUUCCUCCAGCCGUUCAAGACAUUUUCUGGGAUCAAGCCAUUCAAGAGCUCUCCACUGGCAGUACUAGUAGUACUAGUAGUACUAGUAGUACUAGUGCUAGCAGCAUGGACCCAGGUGUUGGACUCGUGGUCUCGGCUACACAAAUCUGCUUCCAGACACGACAAAUUGAAAAUGCCAUGAUGCAGUCAUCAUCAUCAUCCUCAUUCUCCAAAAAGAGCAGUCAAACACAACUAGAUUCACUGCGCCAGUGCGUCUCACAAGACAUUAUCGUCAGUGUCGACGUACAGAUCACAUGGCCCAAUCAAGAGUUUGCGGCUUGUGACAGUCAGGCACAAGAUGACAGUAUUGGAACCAAUAUUGUCGAUGCCAUGAAUGUCAACUUUGACACUACCGUCACAUCGUGGAGUAGCAUUGGCGCAACAACAGUGACAUUCCAACAACCCUUUACAUUUGAUUUUACACAAGAAGUCGACACGGUCGAUCCCUUUGCCAUUCGACGACGACAACGACAAUUGCAACCCACAUCCAGUACAACCUGUCCGACACGAUCCAACACGUGUACGGUCGAUUAUUGUCGCUGGGGAUGUCUCAUCGCCACCGCCACACAGUGCGAUGGAUCAUUGCUGCCCACUAGUACAAACGAUUGGAGUCUCUUGGCGGAACCGGUGCGAGCGCGAUUGUCAUCGUUGGGCUAUGAUUGUCUCGGAAUCGCCGAUCAACUACAAGUGCAAGUCAUUGCAGAACAGCCCGUCGUCAAUCCGAUCAGUAAUGCUACCAACACCAACAGCAGCAGUACUACCAACGCCACGACCAUCGCACCCAACAACAGUACACUGGAUCAGAAUAUGACUACUACUACUUCUGCACUCAAUAAUACCGGUACUAAUACCACUGGAGGAAAUGCCACCAUGGCAGGAAACCAAACCAUGGCGCCUACUGCCAACCAAACGCUUGGUAAUGCGACGGUGCCGCCAAAUGUAACUCUUGCUCCCAAUGCGACAUUGGCUCCCAACAUUACAUUAUCUCCAAAUAAUACACUGGCUCCAAACAUUACACUGGCUCCCAAUGCCACUGUGUCUCCCAAUGCCACUCUGUCUCCAAAUAGUACUCUCCCUCCAAACGCUACACUCUCUCCAAAUGCUACCUUGGCUCCCAAUGCCACUCUUUCCCCCAACGCUACACUGGCUCCCAAUGCAACCAUGGCUCCAAAUACAACCAUGGCUCCAAAUAGUACUCUUUCUCCCAAUGCCACUCUCUCGCCAAAUAUUACUCUCUCGCCAAAUGCCACACUGGCUCCCAACGCUACCUUGCCACCAAAUGUUACUCUUUCUCCAAAUUCCACACUGGCUCCAAAUGCUACUCUUUCUCCAAAUGCCACACUGCCUCCAAAUGCCACACUGCCUCCAAAUGCCACCCUAGCACCCAAUGCUACCUUGCCUCCAAAUGCUACGCUCCCACCAAACAUCACCGCACCUCCAAACGCGACUCUGCCUCCAAAUACUACACUACCUCCAAAUGCCACCUCAGCACCCAAUAUCACUGCGCCUCCAAAUGCCACCUCAGCACCCAAUACUACUCUGCCUCACACAACUGCAGCUCCUACACCCAUUGAUGAUACUCUGCUUCCUCCCGAAAGCACCACGCCUUCACCAACCCCCCUUCCCGCCACAACUACACCGCCUACCUCUGUGGCCCCCACGGCCCCGCCAUCAACAUCACCACCAUCGACCGUUUCACCGACAACCGCUCCUCCAACAGCGGCACCUUCCACGGCAGCCCCGACAGGAACACCCCAGCAAGUCACAACCUACAAUUCGUGGGUCAUGAGCAAUAGCGCUGGACUCACGGCGGCCGAUCUCUUGUCGGAUCUGGGGGGUGUCACCAGUGCCUAUGAAGCAUUCACAAUCGAUGUCGUGGAUCAAAUGUCAGCUUCUCGAGUAGCUCGUGGUCGUCUUAGAACAAGAAUGCUUCGUGGAAGAAGGCUUGCCGUUUCCAUUCAGACGAGAAGCACUUCCGUCUACAACUUGGCAGACUCUGCCUGCCCCAGUACGGCGCCCGCAAAUUCCAACUGUUUGAUUGCCUUUGGCGGACUCAACUUGACAGUGACAGAUGAAGAUCCAGCCGUAGUGGCAUCGGAAUAUGAAGUCCUAUCCCAGAAUGAGAUUGACAGCGGUCUGUUGCAAACCAAAUUCAAUCAAGAGGAUCCGGGGAAUUUGUGGAGUGUAGAAGGGUCGUCCACUCCGGUCACGCCCACAGAGGGUGCCAUCACGCCACCGGAAGAAGGGACGACAGGGACCCGCGGUGGAUCCGAUCUGAAUCUUGGUUUGAGCAUUUCGCUUGCUGUCACAACGUUCCUCGUUGUCCUGAUCUGCCUCUUUGUCAUUCUGCCAUCAAUCCGCAAGAAGCGGGAGGAAGAGGAGGAAAAGAAAGAUGCACUCCAUGCGUUGCGAGAAGCCGAAUUGAUGCAUUUAGCAUGCGUGGCAAAGAAGGAAGCACUCGACAAACAGGAGAACAAACCUGCUCCUGGCCCUCCUUGGCCAGGAGCCAAACAUGACGAAGAGGACAAUCCGUACCGCAAACUUGUGGAGCAUACCAUGGAUGAAAAUUGCCCAGAGUUUCUGUCCGAGUUGGACUCCCUUCUACACCAAUUUCAAGGGCGCGAAGAAGACUUGAUUGCCAUUCUCAAGGAUUACAAAGAGGAAGAGAGUCUGCUGAAUGAAUCCUCGGAGGUAGAUGUAUUCGACGACAGUUUCACAUCAUCAGAAGAAUCUGUUGCAAACGAGCCUAGCGUGGCAGAAGAUGUACCGGUUGCGUCGGUAGAAGUUUCCGAUAGUUUUGAAGAAGUCGAUGAUUUUGAAGACGCCGACGACAAAGCUGAAGAAUGGGAAUCAGAUAGUGAGUCAGGCGUUGCCGAAUCCAGAGCUGCGCUUGAACCACCGGAGUCUCGAGACCCUGCACUUGAUCCACCCGGGGAGGACGGCAAUGCAGGGAAAGAAACCACGUUAGAACCUGAGGAAUCAUACAGUCUCAAGCCAGAUCCCGAAGAGGAAACUGAGUCUGAACCCGAGCCUGAUUCGGACUCUGAUUAUGACAACAUGUUUGACUGGGUACUUGGCAAGAGAGAGAAAGCAUUCCUUGAUUCAGACUCUUGUACUUUUGAUGACAGCCUAGACGGCGAGGCUGGUGCGGCUGAUAAUGACAAGCAGAUGUUGAGUUGGAUACUUGACCGGAGAGAAAAGGCGUUCAUUGAUGAUGACUCUGAUAGUUCUCAUGACGACUCAGAAGUUGGGGCCAAUGACAGACUCAUUGUGCUCGAAUCAGAACCGGAGCCUGAACCUGAGUUAGAAACUGUGCUUGAACCGGAGCCAGAACCAGAGCCACCCAGAGAACCCACGCCUCUUCCGAGAGAACCCACUCCUCCUCCACGAGAGCCAACGCCACCGCCAGAACCAGAACCACCAAGAGAGCCAACUCCUCCGCUUAGAGAGACAUCUCCUCCACCGCUGGAACCGCCUAUCCCCCAUGCUUCGCCACCGGCAAAGGAAGAGCAGACACAGCAUGAUGACGAUACAACAGAGAGUGACUUUCUUUCAUCGGAGAGUGAUGACAGUUCUCUGGGGUACAAAGUCAAGUGGACACAAAAGAAUGGAUGCUGGUUUUCCGAAAAAAUCUGGGAUGGGCAGGAAGACGAUGAGAGUGAAUCCAGUGGUUACAUCAGUACAGAUAGUGAAGAUGAGGUUGUCUACCAUGAAAAUGGAGAUGUAGUGGAUGAAAGCUCAGCAUUCCACUGGGUAAGGAAUUGUGGGGCAUGGGCAAAGGAGAUGGAAGACCAACAACAAGGAGGGAACCUGCUGGAUGCAGAUGAUGACAGCAGCAGCUAUGCAAGCACCGAAUCUGAUGAGGAUGAAGGUACACCGAUAAGGUGGGCUUGGAGAAAUGGUGGGUGGGUCCAAGAGGUUGAAGAUGAUGAACUCGAAAGUCUAGGCUAUUCCACUGCGAGUAACAACUAGCUAGUCUGAUGUAAAACAUGGCAUAGAAGUUGUUUCCUUUACAGUGUAGAUCAAGCUUCUGUUGGACCCACUCAGCCUGCCAUCUCUUUGCUAUGCAAUGCAUCAUGGUAUCAGGCUCACCACAAAAUAAAAGCUAUCAAGGCCAGUACAAAAACACAGUUGAGGAUGCAAUCCUGGGAAGCGGUGGCAUGUCCAUAUAUACCUCGGCAGUCUUGCUGCCAGAGCCCUCAACCCCUUUAAUUGUUUUUCCUGCUACGGUGGUCCCUGCAGGUAUAAGGGUAGGGUUAGAAUACAAAUAAGUCAGCAAAAACUUAGCUAGGAUGGUGCAAACCAGCUAAAGCAAUUUACAUCCAUCCUAGUAGGGGGAUCUGCUUCUACCAGGAAAAACUCUAAAGCCAGCGAAAGCUAUAUAACUAGUAUUCUAGCUAGCUAGGGGUGUCUGCUUCUAGCUUGCUAUGGGAAUCUGCUUCUAGCUAGGGGGGAUUUGCUUCUAGCUAGCUAAGCACAAGUUAAGCACUAGCUAAGCACUAGAC